CUUGAUUUAGUUGGAGCCGUGGUUAAAGUGGCCACCUGAUCAACACCCAUGCUGCGGUGAUCAGCACCAUCUACACCUGGUUUCACAUUGAAGCAACCAGAGAUAGAGAUGACGAAAACAGUCGGAGUUCACUGGUUCCGACAUGGACUUCGUCUCCAUGACAACCCAGCCCUCGCGGAGUUGUUGGCUACUUGUAGUGAGGUGUACCUGAUAUUUAUCUUCGAUGGAGAAAGUGGAGGCACGCGACUGAUCGGAUACAAUCGGCUCAAGUUCCUGCUGGAGUCGCUGGAGGACCUGGACGACCAGCUGGCGGCGUACGGCGGCCGCCUGGUGACGGCGCGCGGCGACCCCGUGGACGUGCUGAACAUGUUCAGGGCCGACUACGGCAUGACCCACCUGAGCUUCGAGCAGGACUGCGAGCCGGUGUGGCGGUCGCGCGACGACCGCGUUCGCGCCUGGUGCCAGCAGCACGGCGUCGACGUCAUCGAGCGCAUCUCGCACACGCUCUGGGACCCGGCCGAGGUGAUCGCGGCCAACGACGGCCAGCCGCCGCUCACGUUCGCCAUGUUCCACCAAGUCGCCAUGUCGAUCGGCCUGCCGCCGCCGCCGGUGCCGUGGACGCCGCUCGACGCGCGCCAGCUGCCGCGCCUGGACGUCGACCGGCCCCACGGACACCCGGUCGAGCUGUUCGCCCGCGUGCCGGCGGUGGCCGACCUGAAGCCGCUCCCGCCGCCGCCCGGCGAGCACCAGAAGAAGUACGUGGGCGGCGAGACGCGCGCCCUGCAGCUGCUGGGCGAGCGCAUCGCCUACGAGGAGGCCGCUCUCAGCCGCGGCAUCGUUAUGCCCAACCAGUACAGCCCGGACCUGCUGGGGCCGCCGCGCAGCCUGUCCGCCUACCUGCGCCACGGCUGUCUGUCGGUGCGCAGGAUGUACCACAUGAUCCAGAAGGUGUUCCAGUCCAGCACCAGCGCCCACAGCCACUCGCUGAGCAUCUGCGUACAGCUUGUUUGGCGCGAAUUCUUCUACACCAUGUCGGUGCACAACCCGUACUUCGAUCUGAUGGAGCCGAACCCGGUGUGCCUCAACAUCGGCUGGCGGACGGACGAGCGUCAGCUGGAGCUGUGGGCCCACGGCCAGACCGGCUACCCGUUCAUCGACGCCGCCAUGCGCCAGCUGCGGCAGGAGGGCUGGAUCCACCACGUGGCCCGGAACGCCACCAGCUGCUUCCUGACGCGCGGCGACCUCUGGAUCAACUGGGAGCACGGACGGCAGAUGUUUGACGAGUACCUGCUGGACGCCGACUGGUCAGUGAACGCCGGCAACUGGAUGUGGGUCUCCUCGUCGGCGUUCGAGAAGUUCCUCGACUCGUCCGACAUCAUCUCGCCGGUCAGCUACGGCCGCCUGUUCGAGCCCACCGGCGAGUACAUCAGGCGCUACGUGCCGGAGCUGCGCCGCAUGCCCACACAGUACAUCUUCUCGCCAUGGGAGGCGCCACUGGAGGUGCAGCGCGAGGCCGGCUGUGUCGUCGGCGAGGACUACCCGUGCCGCAUGGUGGACCACAAGGUGGCGUCGCGUCAUAACCGCAAGAAAAUGGCGAGCAUCGCCAGGCGGCUGGGCGCCUGUCCGCCCCACUGCAUGCCCAGCUGUAACGCCGAAGUCAAACACUUCUUCGGCUUACCCGGCGCCGACCUGGAGAGCGCUCUGGCGCAGCGCUAGCGGCCGCGCGGCGGCCGGCGGACGCAGCGGCUGGCCUUCACCGGCUACCCCGUCCGGAGGAGAGGCUGUCUUACAGGUUGUCAUUGCUGGGCGUGCAGUCAGGGGCCAGUGCCCGCCUUGCUGAUGAGGCCUUAUGGCUCAGCAGGGACGGCGCGAUAGUUUAGCUAGACGGCGUUGAUGAUGGUUCCCCACGUAGCUGUAGUGGGUUACGUGCAGUAGAUAGACGCUGGUUCAGCGUGGGAACACGACGAGUAAGAAAUAAGAACGCUAGGCUCUAUAUUCAAAUAUAAAGGCUAGGUAGGCUAGGGCAGGCUAGAUGGUCUGUGCCAUCGUACCAUAUGUUUACGAAUUAUGGGUACCCAUUGGUCUCACAUAUAACGACGCUUAUCCAUGAGGUUGGUCUUCAUUAUAUCAGAGUGUGCAUACUUGUUGCCGUGCCGUCAACGUAUUACGGUCGCGCUUAAAGCCCGGGACUCGGGGUGCAAUGUCAGCGUGUCGGAUGCGGUUUUCCGCUUUGAGUUGGAGUAUUCUGACGCAUUCCGGCUAGCAUCAGCCGCCGGAGCGCGCCGGCACGGGCGGCCGUGCGAUCCGACUGUUCCGCCGGAGAAUCUCGCAGGCUCGCGGAAGCCUUCAGAUGGUGGCGACCGCCCGGACGUGGGAGGGAGAGACGGUUGGGUCGCGCUCGAGGGAGGGCCCCGCUGGUUGUGAGUUGGCGUCGGUGCGGUGCGGGCUGCGGGGCAAGAUAAGUUGCACGCCAUUUAUGUCGCCUCGUUUGGUGGAUUAGCUGGGCGGUGUUAUCCGUUGUGUUAGCGAUGUGUUUAAAGGGAAUGGCUUACCUUUGCAUGGGGUUGUGAACUAAAAUAGUCAGAUUAUAGCGAGCAAAGAAUAUGCUUAACUAUAAUCCGGGUGGGGCGAAGAACGCCACAUGUGACCUCAAAUCCAACUUACAUUUUGUAAGUUUUAAUAGUUUUCAACCAUUUCAUACCGGGCUGUAGACAGAGAUGUGACAAGAUCGGAAAUGACAUUGUCAACGGUCUGAUUUUCAACCUCUGCUACCGGCGGUGAUUGGCUGAAUGUAACGCCCCUGCGCAGUGACGCAAUAUGGCCGACUGGCUUCUGGACACAUUUCGCACUUCAAGAACUUUUCGACAGCAAGAGGUGACCAUAUUUAAUGGAUGCUUUCCGACCAUGCUUUGUCCUCCGAAGGCGCAGUGGUGAGCCGUUUGUGUCAAGGCCGCAAAUGCGCCAUAGGCCCGCGAGCUGGUCGUCUUGUCGUUGUCUGCAUGUCGUGUUUCGUGUCGUGCAAUGUUCUGCUGAGUCCCGGCUGCAUGCUGCCGUGCAACGCGCCGUACCCUCACUUGAUUGGUUCCUAAGCCGGCGCCGCGACCACGAUUGCCGUGUCGCGGCGUCUGAUGCUGUUCAGCGCCGGGUCUGCCCAGUCCGCGAGCAGGGGGAUGGUCUGCUACUUAGUGUCAAAGGUCGCGGCAGCGGAAGUGUCAUCUCCCUGUCCGUUGUCCCGGGCUGGGGCAGCGCCAGGUUGUCACGUUCUCCCCCUGCCGACAGGGGUGAGUUGCCUGCCGUGGUGACUCGGUCCGUGAUGUAGUCAGUGUCGUCACUAGGUACAACGAGGUCCUCGGGAACAGGCGCGCGCAAGUCACGGAGUGCGUAAGCUUCGACCCGAGUCGUGAGUGCCUCAAACUGGAAUGAACGCAAAAGUUUCAGGCCACGAGACUCUUACGCGUCACUCCCAGUUUGAGAGCCGCACUGAUCGCGCCGAAAUGCGGGCGACACCCGACUCGCGCCCCGUUGGAUUCCCUCAAGCCUAAUACCUGCUGUAGCGGGUUGCUUUACUUGUGAACCGAGGUCUGAUGUCUUCAUGGUGUCCUUUCUCCGACCUCAUUUACGCGCAGAUAUUGGUUUUGCGAGCGGCCGGUGGCUGAUUUUGUGGCUUCCGUUAUGGCAACCAGGUGCAGCAGAGAUGUCGGACGUUUUGUUCGUUGCGCACCCGGGCUGAAUGGCCGUGAGGCAAAGUGGACUGUGCGAUACUUGGGCAUCUUCCGGAGAAACAUUCCUAGUCACGCCCCGCGGAUAGUUUGGACAUAGGAGCUAUGAAUCAAUAUUUUGUCAUACACUCAGGAAGGAACGAUAGUUGUUCAUCGUGUACCUGUCAUAUCUGGGAAAUAUACGACGAGACGUGA